GCUUAACAUAGUUUAGAAAUUAUGAUUGCUAUCCACACAGGCUAUACUGAUAUUAGUUCUCGUACAAAACCUUACUGCCACCGUUGCGACCGAACAUUCGAUACCGGUCGAGCAAGAGACCAGCAUUACGAUGCCUCGGCUCGUCACCACAUUUGCGAUGUCUGCCGGUUCGACGGCUCCUCCUAUGAUGAGUCAAUACAACACAAUCGCAGUACGCUUCAUAGGAUUAUGUGCGAUGGUUGUGACGAUGAUGGGUGGUGGAUACCGGAUAGCCAAGCGUACAAGGACCAUUUGAGGAAUGAUAAUGUGUGUACGACAUGCGAGCGUCAUUUCGAUAGCCUCAACAACCUGCGACAUCACAAGCUGGUGCACCUGAAGCCUUCCGUUGAAUGCUAUGGUUGCACUCGGUCCUUCACUACUUAUUCCGGGAUGAUAAUUCAUCUAGAGUCUGGGACGUGUGCGUCUAGUAUUGAUAUUCUGGACUUAAACAAGUCAGCUGCAAUGUGUUACCAAUGGCAGAAGUUCCUGGACGAGGAAUACCGUGACGAUAUCCUUAGCUGUUAUGAUUUGGAGGAAGAGUACGAUGGCGCGGUUUAUCCGUUUAAGUGUCCAGAAUGCGACACUACGUUUUCAAAACUUUCAGGACUCUUCCAGCAUGUAGGUAGUGGGUCUUGCGAACAGAGGUUAAACCGCGGGCCGAUAGCCAAGCUUGUGAAGUGGUUGUCAAACAGACAUGCCUAGUAAGCAGAUUUAGAAGAGCUAUAGCAAGGCUAUACUUUAAUUAAAUGACGUU